UUCUUUUGUUUUUUUUUUUUGUAUUUUUUUUACAAGAGAGAGAGAAAGAGAGAGAGAGAUCAUAAAACCCAGAACCCUAGCAAGCAAAUGGGGGUUCUACUUCUAUAAGCUACGCUUCUUUUUAAUUGUUAGUUUGGAAGGAUAGAAGGAAAUCGAGGUCAAAGAAAAAGAAAAUGGUGGUGAGGAUCCGCUUAUCGAGGUUCGGAUGCAAAAACAAGCCAUUUUACCGGGUCAUGGCUGCUGAUAGCAGAUCUCCUCGCGAUGGCAAGCAUCUUGAAGUUUUAGGCUACUACAAUCCAUUGCCAGGCCAAGAUGGAGGCAAACGAAUGGGUCUUAAUUUCGAAAGGGUGAAAUAUUGGCUCUCUGUUGGUGCUCAACCCUCAGAACCUGUGCAACGGGUUCUUUUCAGAUCAGGGUUACUGCCUCCACCACCAAUGAUGGCAAUGGGACGGAAAGGUGGACCACGUGAUACACGUCAUGUCGAUCCUAUGACUGGUCGCAUCUUGACUCUGGAGAAGCCAGCUAAUGCUGACCAGCCAAAAGACCAAGAUAAAAAUAGUGAAGACGGUGCAAGUACCUCAUGAAACUCUUCAUUGCAAUUUUUAACAUCUUAUUUUUGUUUCUUUGAUACUUUCUUAGAGGGAGGGGGUAUCCUGGGUACGAGUAAUCCGUGUUUCUACUCAAUAACUUCGAGAGAAGCAGUGGUCUUGCUUAAAUCUGAAGAGUAAUUUUCAUCUGUUUUGGGAAUCAGCACAUACAAUGAUAUUGAGUAUUAUGUGGUGCCUACCCAUGUCGAUUACGUUCUAUUGAGUAUUUGGAGGCUGCUGAAUGUUAUUUACAAAAUUGCAAUUCACCAUGUUAAACCAAGUGAGCCCUGUCUUUAAUAAACUGUCGCUACCCCCUGGUAUGUGGAGGGAGCAUCCUUUCUAGAUUAUGCUCUAUCUAGAUGUGCUUGUUAUUUUA